AUGCCGUUUCGUCAGAGGAUGGCCCGCCACUUUGGCGAUUCGCUCGCUCCUGAGAAGCCCUACCUCAGCUACUACGAUGUUCUCUUGACAGCCGAAGACAUCAAGGCUCUCAAGCAUGACUGGUUGACCGACAACAACAUCGCUUUCUGGGAGGAGUAUCUCGAGCGCGAAACUCUUCCCAAGUAUCCCCAGGCCCGCAUCGUCCUGCUCCGUCCUAGCAUGACAUUUCUUCUCAUGAAGGAACCCGAUACUCGAUCAAUCCAAUCUGCUCUCCCCGAUUUCUCCAAGGUCACGCACGUUUUCCUGCCCAUCAACGACAAUCGUAAUGUGAGUGUCGCUGAGGGCGGUAGUCACUGGUCGCUGCUUCUUGUUUCGACCCUCGAUGGUGUGGCCUUUCACUACGACUCGCUUGGCGGCGCCAACUACUCCGAGGCCAAUGUCGCUACACGCAAGCUUGCCAACAUUCUCGGUCGACCUCUGCGAUUCAUCAACCUCGAGGACUGCCCUCAGCAGGAGAACGGCAGCGACUGCGGUGUCUUUGUCUGCCUCUUGAUGCGACAUCUCCUUGUCAAGCGCCUUCUCUGCGCUAAUGCCCGCGAGAAGGUGUCUAUGAGCAUGGGCGGAAAAAUGGUCGAUAGCUACGGCGGCCGCAAAGAGAUGAUGCGAAUAAUCGAGAACCUCCAAUUUGAGGAUCUCUUGAAAGAACUUCUGACAGAGGCGAAUGCUACCAAGAAAGUGGCCGCGAAACCGACCGCGCACCAGCGGGUAACGAGAUCUCGAGUCAAGGAAGACAGCCCACGCGACGAGGAUGCUCCUGUCAAGACUGCUCCUGCCAAGACUGCUGCUGCUACAAAUAUUUCUACUUCUGCCAAGACUUCCACUCCGGUCAAGACUUCUCCCAAACGGACUUUGCCUCCUUGGAAGGGAAUGAGAGACUUUGGGCGCCCCCAGGGUUGGCACACUCGAUCGACCUCAACCACACUUGGUCCUCGCGCAUGCAAGCCUGACCGAAUCACCAAAGAGACCCGGGCCCCCCCUCCGAGUCCUUCUACCCCUGUCAAAAUCCGAAGCAAGCGGCCUUCCAACCUCACAACAGCUUUGCCUCAGAGUCGCAAGGUGAUCCAAACACGCUGA